AAGAAAACAAAAUGAUCUGUUUUUAAUUAAUUAAUGAUUAUUGUUAGGAUUUAUUUUUGUGACUAAACCAAAAAUAAGGGUUGGGAGUUGGGAAACGUUGAAACGCAUUAUUUUGAGUGAUUAUAUCUUAUCCACGUGAUUCAUAGUUCAUAGUUACAUUACAUAUCUUCCUUCCCAAAUCAAUCAGCAAUGGCCUCUGUCACAUUUGAAAGAAACCACAUUUGUUUGUGUUUAUGUUUGUGUCUCUUCCUUCAAGUCUCCGCAAUAAAACCGGCAUCGUCAACUUCUACUUCGGACCCAAUUCCAUCGGCGUGGCCGGAACAGUUCCACUCGGUUCUGUUCAUAAACAGAAGCGGCAAUCUCCAAAAAACUGAUUUAUGGUACGAUUGGCCCAAUGGACGCAACUUCAACAUCAUCCAGCAUCAGCUUGGAAUUCUCAAAUACGACCUUGAAUGGAACAAUGGCACCUCCUUUAUCUACACUCUCGACCCUUUCAACCACACUUGCAAAUUACUUCAUUUCGAUGUCGGUAUUCUCCGACCUAAUUGGCUCGAUGGUGCUACCUAUUUGGGUCAACAAUAUGUCGACAAUUUUCUCUGUAAUGUUUGGGAGAAAGUCGACUUUAUUUGGUACUACGAGGAUGUCCUUACUCAAAGACCUGUUAAGUGGAUCUUCUACUCCGGAAUGAUUGCUCACGUGAUGACAUUUGAGGUUGGUGCAGUGCUGGAUGAUGCCCAUUGGCAGGCUCCUGUUUACUGUUUUAGUGAGUCUGAGCCUGAACUCCAGACACACAACAGAAGGAGCGACUCCUUAUUAUCAGAUUUAGGACCUUCUGCUGGUUUUCGUGGGACGUUAAUGAGUCAGAUGAGAUGAGAUAGGCCACCCAACAUUACCAUAUAUUAAAGUAAUUGUGAGACUAGUAUUUGUACUGUAUCUCUAUCUAUAUGCAUUUUGUUUUGUUGGGAUGCAUAUUAAGCUAUUAAUUGUAAAAGAACCAUUGGUUUUUCUUUGCAUAAUCCAAAGUCCAAACAUGUAUGUUUCAAGUCUUCCCAGGUAUCUUCUAUCAAAGUCUUGUUGGAAGCUGCACUGUAAUUCUAAGUUUGGCUAUUUGUUCUUGAAGUAGAAUUCAGAUAGACCUAGCCGACAAUGUAUUGUGACCUAGGUUUGUGUGUAGGUGAAUAGAAUGACUAACUUAGAUUUUCUGGCUGAA